AUGCAUUCAUAUUGGCAAACAGCUGAUGACAGCCAAAAGCUUUUAGAAUUGAGGCACUGCUUAUUCAACGUCGAUCCUGAUAUCAGAAACUAUAGCCGAAGAAAGGAAAACGUCUGUUCAUAUAUAUCUAUAUCUGUCUGUUCAUAUCUAACUAUCUAUUAUCUAUCUAUCUAUCUCAAUCUGUUCAUACCUAUCUAUCUCAGUCUGUUCAUAUCUAUCUAUCUAUCUAUCUAUCUAUCUAUCUAUCUAUCUAUCUCAGUCUGUUCAUAUUUAUCUAUCUGCGUCUAUUCAUAUCUAUCUAUCUCAUUAUGUUUCUAUUUUUUUUCAUUCUAUCUUACUUCCUUUCUUUCUUUCUUUCUUUCUUUCUAUAUCUGUCUGUCUAUUCAUCUAUCUAUCUAUCUAUCUAUUUUACGUUUUUUCUUCAUUCUUUCUAUCUACUAUCUCAUUAUGUUUCUUUCUUUUUCUUUCUUUCUUUCUUUCUUUCUUUCUUUCUUUCUUUCUGCCUCGGUGUCUGUCUGUCUAUCUAUCCAUCUAUCUAUCUAUCUCAUCAUGUUUCUUUCUUUCUAUCUAACUCGUUAUGUUUCUUUCUUUCUUUCUUUUUUUCUAUCUAUCUAUCUAUCUAUCUAUCUAUCUAUCUAUCUACGUUUCUUUCUUUCUUUCUUUCUUUUUCUUUCUUUCUUUCUUUCUUUCUUUCUUUCUUUCUCGGUGUCUGUCUGUCUGUCUAUCUAUCUAUCUAUCUAUCUAUCUAUCUAUCUAUCUCAUUAUGUUUUUUUAUUUCUUUCUAUCUAUCUAUCUAUCUAUCUAUCUAUCUAUCUAUCUAUCUGUCAAAUAGAGGGGGGCCUCUUUCUCUCUCUUUCUCUUUGUAUCUCUUUAUUUCUCUUACUCUCUCUCUUUCUCUCUCUUUAUUUCUUUUUUCUCUCUCUCUCUCUUUAUUUUUUCUCCCUCUCUCUCUGUCUCUCUCUUUCUUUGUUACGUUAUCUUUAUCUCCGUCUCUGUCUCUCUCUCUUUAUCUCUCUUUCUCUCUCUAUCUCUUUGUCUCUCGCUUUCUCUCUCAUUUUCUUUCUUUGUCUUUUUCUCCCUCUCUGUCUGUCUGUCUCUCUCUCUCUUUCUUUAUUUUUCCCCCGUUUCUGUCUCUCUCUUUCUCUCUCACUUUUUCUUUCUCUCUCUCUCUCUCUAUCUCUCUCUCUCUCUUUCUCUCUUUCUCUCUCUCUAUCUCUUUAUCUUUCACUUUCUCUCUCUUUUUCUUUCUCACUCUCUUUUUCUCCCUUUUUCUUUCUGUCUCUCUUUUCCUCACUCUCUCUCUCUCUCUCUCUCAUUGUGAAAGCUUAUAUAAUAAAAUCCAACAUUCUGAAGGACAUCUCUUUCUCUUUGUAUAUCUUUCUUUCUCUUACUUUCUCUCUCUCUCUUUCUCCCUCUCCAUUUCUUUCUCUCUCUCUUUCUUUUUCUCUUUUUCUCCCUCUCUGUCUCUCUCUGUCUUUCUCUAUUCCGUUAUCUUCUUCUCCGUCUCUGUCUCUCUAUUUAUCUUUUUUCUUUCUGUCUCUUUCUCUCUCUAUCUCUUUGUCUCUCACCUUCGCUUUCUCUCUCAUUUUCUUUCUUUGUCUUUUUCUCCCUCUCUGUCUCUCUCUUUCUUUAUCUUUUUUCUCAGUCUCUGUCUCUCUCUUUCUCUCUCACCUUAUCUUUCGCUCUCUCUCUCUCUCUAUCCCUUUCUCUUUCUCUCUUUCUGACUCUUUAUCUCUCACUUUCUCUUUCUCUGUCUUUUUCUUUCUUUCUUUCUUUCUUUCUCUUUUUCUCCUUUUUUCAUUCUGUCUCUCUUUUUCUCACAUUCUCUCUCUCAUUCUGAAAACUUUGGCUUAUAUGAUAAAAUCCAACAUUCUGUACAUCGGAAAAACAUCGCUUGACAACCCUGGCUAA